AUGGCGGCUGCGGCGUCGGGAGAGGGCUCCACUGCCUCAUUAUUACAACCUGACGCGCCUAGCAUCAACAUCCCGCUCCCACCGCUCCCUCUUCGCUGCCCUCCGUACCCCGAGUCCGACAAUUGGAAAGCUCUGCGCGACUGGAACAUGGGAUGCUGGAGGAUCUCCAAGCUUGCUGCAAAAGCUGAUGAUAGGCUGAUAACUAACAACUAUGCCUACUUACUGGUGGGGACGAGGACAUUAUCCUGGGAUGCACUGGCAUCGUUGUCGGUUUCAUCAGAGUCAGACUUACCAUUGCAGCUCCCUUCUUUUGGGUCUAACCCAAACUAUGGUUUGAAGAGUGGCAUUGGAGGUGUGGUGAUUGACCAUGAUGGCAAUGUCGUUGGGAUGACAUUUGUUAACUCGAAACCUAGUAUUCUUGCCAUUUCCACCAUCAUCACAUGCAUUGAAAUGUGGUUGAAGUUCAGUCGGAUUGCUCGACCUGCACAUGGUUUGCGCUUAAGGACAGUGGACCUGCUGGAGGUGUCACUCCAGGAGGUGAUCUCUCGUGAUUCCAACAUCCACAGUGGUUACAUCGUCGAUCAGGUAGAGGCUGACUCUACUGCUGAGAGGCUUGGCGUUAGAUAUGGUGAUGUGAUUGUUUCAUUUGAUGGGCUGCGUUCUCACACUCUACCUCGGUUGGAAGACUAUCUUCUCUCUCUUGGUUGGAAAUUCUUGGAGAAAAACAUUGAUUCAAGCUCCACAACUGAUCUCACGCUUGAAGUUUAUGAUCUCCUGGGACGUAUCAAGAGAAACAUCACCCUGCCUGUAGAGUUCUCUGAUCCUUAA